AUGGAGCGGCGGCAACUUCUCGUGCUGACAAAGAACCCUGAGUGCACGGUGAAGGAUGACUAUGAACAGGUUUCAGCACCGCGCUUCUCCGGAAAGCUCCGUGGCUACGCUGUGACCAUCCCCUGCAGCACAGAUUUUCGGGGGCGCUUCCUCUCCCAUGUGGUGUCUGGCCCAGCAGCAGCCUCUGCAAGAAGCCCAGUGCGGGUGGCCCGCAGCCCACUGCACCCUGACCGUGAGACCCCGCCCCCCACCAGGGCAGGACGCCACUCCCUCUACUUCAAUGUCACUGUUUUUGGGAAGGAGCUCCACUUGCACCUGUGGCCCAAUCAGCGGCUGGUGGCGCCUGGAGCAUCAGUCCAGUGGCAGGAGGACUUUCAGGAGCUGUUCCGGCAGCCUCUGUGGCCCGAGUGCGUCUAUACCGGAGGAGUCACAGGCAUGCCGGGGGCAGCUGUUGCCAUCAGCAAUUGCGAUGGAUUGGCCGGCCUGAUCCGCACGGACACCUCCGACUACUUCAUUGAGCCUCUGGAGCGGGGGCAGCAGGCGGAGGAGGCCAGCGGGAGGACGCAUGUGGUGUACCGCCGGGAGGCUGGCCAGCAGGAGUGGGCAGAGCCGCACGGUGACCUGCACAAUGAAGCCUUUGGCCCCGGCGACCUUCCCAACCUGCUGGGCCUGGUGGGGGACCCGCUGGGCACCGCGGAGCGGAAGCGGCGCCACGCCAAGCCAGGCAGCUACAGCAUGGAGGUGCUGCUGGUGGUGGACGACUCGGUGGUGCGCUUCCACGGCAAGGAGCAUGUGCAGAACUACAUCCUCACCCUCAUGAACAUCGUAGAUGAGAUAUACCAUGAUGACUCUCUGGGGGUCCACAUCAAUAUCGCCCUUGUCCGCUUGAUCAUGGUCGGCUACCGCCAGUCCCUGAGCCUGAUCGAGCGUGGAAACCCCUCGCGCAGCCUGGAGCAGGUCUGCCGCUGGGCACACUCCCAACAGCGCCAGGACCCUGACCACGCCGAGCACCACGACCACGUCGUCUUCCUCACGCGGCAGAACUUUGGGCCCUCAGGGUAUGCGCCCAUUACCGGCAUGUGCCACCCCCUGAGGAGCUGCGCCCUCAACCAUGAAGAUGGCUUCUCCUCUGCCUUCGUGGUGGCCCAUGAGACCGGCCAUGUGCUCGGCAUGGAACAUGAUGGCCAGGGCAACAGCUGUGCAGAGGAGACCAGCCUGGGCAGCGUCAUGGCCCCCCUGGUGCAGGCAGCCUUCCACCGCUUCCACUGGUCCCGCUGCAGCAAGGUGGAGCUCAGCCGAUACCUCCCCUCCUAUGACUGCCUCCUGGACGACCCCUUUGAGCCCACCUGGCCCCGGCCCCCGGAGCUUCCCGGGAUCGACUACUCUAUGGAUGAGCAGUGCCGCUUUGACUUUGGCACCGGGUACCAGACCUGCGAGGCGUUCAGGACCUUUGAACCCUGCAGACAGCUGUGGUGCAGCCACCCUGACAACCCGUAUUUCUGCAAGACCAAGAAGGGGCCUCCGCUGGAUGGGACUGAGUGUGCACCCAGCAAGUGGUGCUUCAAAGGUCACUGCAUCUGGAAGUCUCUGGAGCAGAUGUAUGGCCAGGAUGGAGGCUGGGGCUCCUGGACGAAGUUUGGGGCCUGCUCUCGGUCCUGCGGGGGCGGCGUGCGAUCCCGGAGCCGGAGCUGCGAUAACCCCCCCCCAGCCUAUGGAGGCCGCCCGUGCUCAGGGCCCAUGUUCGAGUACCAGGUCUGCAACAGUGAGGCGUGCCCGGGCCCUUUUGAGGACUUCCGGGCCCAGCAGUGUGCCAAACGCAACUCCUACUAUACCCACCAGAACGCCAAGCACAACUGGGUGCCCUACGAGCCCGAGGACGAUGCCCAGAAGUGUGAGCUGAUCUGCCGGUCGGCAGACACGGGUGACGUAGUGUUCAUGGACCAGGUGGUGCAUGAUGGGACGCGCUGCAGCUACCGAGACCCCUACAGCGUCUGCGCCCGUGGCGAGUGCGUGCCCGUCGGCUGUGACAAGGAAGUUGGGUCCAUGAAGGCAGAUGACAAGUGUGGUGUGUGUGGCGGCGACAACUCCCACUGCAGGACUGUGAAGGGAACACUGGGCAAGGCCUCCAAGCAGCCAGCAGCUCUCAAGCAGGUGCAGAUUCCAGCGGGUGCCAGGCACAUUCAGAUCGAAGAGUUGGAGAAGGUCACCCACCGCAUUGUGGUGAAGAACCAGGUCACAGGGAGCUUCAUCCUCAACCCCAAGGGCAAGGACGCCACCAGCCGGACCUUCCUGGCCAUGGGCCUGGAGUGGGAGUACCUGGUGGAGGACUCACAUGACAGCCUCAAGACCAGCGGCCCCUUGCCUGAAGCCAUCACUGUCCUGGCCUGCGGAGGAGGUUUCCAGUUCACCAAAUAUGGCUGCCGGCGCCGACGGGACCACCACAUGGUGCAGCUGCACCUGUGCGACUACAGGAAGAGGCCCAAGCCCAUCCGCAGACGCUGCAACCAGCACGCGUGUGCCCCGCCCACGUGGGUGACGGAGGAGUGGGGUCCUUGCAGCCGGAGCUGCGGGAAGCUGGGGGUGCAGACUCGGGGUGUGCAGUGCCUGCCACCCCCGUCCAACUACACGCACAAGGCCCUGCCCGCCCAGGCCUGCCCCGGGGAGCGGCCGGAGGCCCGGCGGCCCUGCCUCCGUGUGCCCUGCCCGGCCCAGUGGCGCACUGGGGCCUGGUCCCAGUGCUCUGCCACUUGUGGAGAGGGCAUUCAGCAGAGGCAGGUGGUGUGCCGAACCAAUGCCAACAGUCUGGGUCAAUGCGAGGCGGACAAGCCGGACGCUCUGCAAGUCUGCCGCCUGCCUGCCUGUGAAGGAGCUCUCCAGAACGGCACAUCAAAGGCUGACAACAGGGGACUUGUGACCCCCACGUGGACCCCACAACUAGGGCCCCUUCAUCCUGCUAACCAAAUAUCUACAAGCAGCCCUCUUCAAGGACCCAAGACUCCUCCAGAUGCUGUGGGCCCCCCUGGGGGCCUUUCAGGGUCAGCUGGCCAUCAGCCGGCUGUGAGCACAAGACCUGCAGAACUUCUGGGCACGAGCUCUCCAGUCACCCCGCGCCACCUGGCCUCCCAGAAACAGAUCACUGGAGCAUUCUGGGCAGCGCCCCAGCCACCCUCCAGGGACGGUCUUGGGCCAAGGCACCAAUGCCAGCCUCUGAGGACACAGGGCAGCCCAGGGAAGACCUGAAGCCGUCAGACAUCCACUGGCCCACCCCCUCCCCAGGGACAUGAGCUGUCUGCCCUAUACCAGGGAAGCUCACAGGCCGAGGGCAGCACCCCCUCCCACCCCGGCUGGGCAGGGGCCAGCAUGGGCUUCCUUUUAAAUUAUUUACUUUCUUGUUCUUUGGUGCUAGGGCUAGGGCACUCUUCACCCCAGGGAGGGUGGGGGGAAGCCAAGAUCAGGGAGAGUCUAACCUGAGAUACCUCAGCAAGCAGCCCCCGACUGAAGACAUGAGCCUCUGAGUUACCUCAUGUCCCCUUGUGAUGGCCGGCUAGGGGGUCUGCUUUCUCCAGACCUUGGGGGGACCCUGUGAGUCUCUGCAUCUUAAGCCCCUCUGUCCACAAUGCAGAGUGUGGCCAGGGAAGGUGCAGGGGGUGCUCACGGGGCAGCCUGACAGGAAAGGGGGAUUGUCUCCCUCAGCAGGCUUGCAAGGGCAGGAGGUCAAGUUCAGUUCUGUGGCCAAGGCCAGGGAGCUUUGACUGGAGGGCAGUCUCCACCCUGUCCCUGCAGAAGGUUGCUGCUUUUACUUCUGGUGGCUUCUGGUUACAGGCUGACCUCUGAGCGGGUCCCCCCCCAUGCCCCCAACUCUCUUGAGAACGGUGCUCAGGACCCUUGGAGCCAUGUGUCCAGCAUCCAGGGGGUUCCACACAGGUGCUUGACCCCUGACUCCACCAGAAACAGCGGCUGUCCCCACCGCUCUGGAGCUUGGGGGAGUCCGGCCAGGGUGGUGCUCUGGGGGCGAUCAAACCCAAAGGCUGACCACAGCUGGGUCCUGAGGGUGACAAGAGCCAGCCAAGCAGGAGAGCACUAUCUCCUGUUUUGGGGGGCCUCCUGCUGGGUUACCCCCCAUGUUACCUUCUAUGGAGAGGCAGCACCCCUACACUCUCUGGCUUCCAGGAAGCCACUCAGACUCCCAAGAUACCCCUCAGGAGUUUUCACCCCCAGAAGUUAUGAGGACCAUUUCGACCCCUCAGCAGGUGACAGAGGUGCUUGUCCUUCAUCCUGCUCCAGGGGCCUGCCGCCCUCAGCCAGGGGAGGGGACAUUACACAGAGCUAGCUUAAGGAACUGAAGCAGCGGGGCUCCUUGGAGAAGAGCGACCCCAAAGGGGGCUUUCCAGGCUUGCUUUCGCUAAGUGAUCCCCUUUCUGAGAAGCGGGUGCCCCCCUCAUCCAAGCAGUCCUGCAAGAACCAGCCGGGCUGCCCCCUGUGCAGUGCACUCGGGCCCUUGGAGAACCAAGCGGCUUUCAUUCAGAGCAUGUAUUAACUGAGUUUUCCAGACCCCGCAA